AACGAAUCUUUUAAUUUCAUUCAUCAUUACCACUCCUGACUUUGCCUUUAUCAUUUAAGUAUAGAUACAGAUAUAGAUAUUCCAUAAAACAAACAGAUAGUAGUACUAGUAUUUGUAAAAUGGCGAGUGAAAUAAAAUACUUUGAUAUGAAAAUGGUGAGUGAAAUAAAAUUCUUUGAUAUCGCAAACGAAAAAACAAAAUUAAGGAUUCCAUCAGUUGGUCUUGGAACAUGGCAAUCUGAAACUGGUCUCGUUGCUCAAGCUGUUAUCACUGCUGUUAAGGUUGGGUACCGUCACAUUGAUUGCGCUCAAAUCUACGGCAACGAAAAGGAGAUUGGUGUAGCUUUGAAGAAACUCUUUGAAGAUGGCGUGGUGAAGCGAGAAGAUUUGUGGAUUACCUCUAAACUCUGGUGUAAUAAUCAUGCCCCGGAAGAUGUACCCCUGGCAUUGGAACAAACUUUGAAAGACCUGCAGCUUGAUUAUCUUGAUUUGUACCUUAUCCAUUGGCCAGUACGAACAAAAAAGGGGACACCUGGCUUCCAGCCUGAAAAUCUUCUUCCAACCGAUAUACCUGCCACAUGGAAAGCAUUGGAAUCAUGCUAUGAUAAUGGAUUAACUCGAGCUCUAGGUGUUAGCAAUUUUUCAACAAAAAAACUGGCAGAUUUGUUGGAAGUAGCACGAAUUCCUCCUGCUGUGGACCAAGUGGAGUGCCAUCCUUCUUGGCAGCAAACCAAAUUGCGGGAAUUCUGUAAAUCUAAGGGUGUCCAUUUAUCUGGAUAUUCACCACUUGGUUCUCCGGGCACGAAAUGGCUCAAAAGCAAUGUGCUGCAGCAUCCUAUUUUAAAAUCAGUUGCAGAAAAGCUUGGGAAGACUCCUGCCCAGGUUGCCCUUCGUUGGGGUUUGCAAAUGGGUCAUAGUGUACUUCCCAAGAGUACAAACGAAGCUCGUAUCAAAGAGAACUUUGAUUUGUUUGAUUGGUCCAUACCUGAUGAUUUGUUUGCAGAAAUGUCUAAGAUAGAACAGGCAAGACUUGUUCGAGGUGAUUUUCUGGUUAAUGAUAAGUAUGGUGACUAUAGAACUGUCGAAGAGCUCUGGGAUGGUGAGAUUUGAGAAGUAGGCAGCCCAUUUAUUUAAGUCAAAAUAAUGUAAUGUAAGCAAUAAAUCAGUGAUGAUAUACAUGAUUGGUGUGUUUUCUUGUCAAAACCUGGCAUCUAAAUGAAACUUGGUAUUAAACUCUGGAUGCUAUCAUGGUUUAUGAAGUUGAUGUUUUUCGUUUU